UGCAAUGAAGGACGCGGGCACCAGAGGGCAGCACGAGUGUCUCGGGCCCCUGCAGGGGCUAAGACCCCACAGAAGGCCCGGCCAGCCGCGCACCUGCCUGGAGCCUGCGCCAGUCACUUUGCAGCCCCACCACUCAGCUUCGCGUCUGCCCAUGUAGACGGCGCCUGCGCGCACGCCCAGGGCUAUCGUGAGAAUGGCAGACUGGAGCCCUUUGAAAGACGCUUCCAGCCCCGGGCAUCUAGGAAAGGUGCUUGAUGAGGUCUGGGGUAAGAGACCCCCAUCCAGUAACCAGCCUUGGGGCCUCCAGUGUCCGGCCUGGGCCCCUCGUCAGAAGCUGGGACUGGUCCUGAAGACCUGCGGUCCGGGCAGCUCGGGCUGCUGUCCUGCGUGUGCCUUAGGGUUUGCAGCUCUGGGCUCUGAUGCAGCAGGGACUGGGUCUUAGAAUCUAACGACAGCCAGAGGUGGCCGAUGCCGCGCCCCUGGCGGGACAGACACCCUGUGGUUAGUGGGGCAAACGCUCGGGUCUUUGCACCUCAGUUUCCUCAUCUGGCAGCCAGAGAUGCCUACACUUGCCCUGCUGGGUCGUCAGGGGGUGUGGCCCACGGUAGGCGCUCGGGGGCAGUCGUGGCCGCGGGUCCUAUGAACUCCUGCCGUUUGGGGGUGGGUGAGGCCCUGGGCGUGGGGUCCCCCUGCGCCCUCCAUGCAGACAAACUUCUGACAGUGGCGCAGCCACGUUGCCACAAUUGGGGGAAACUGCCUUGGUUUCGGGUUUAAUGAGAAAAUGGAUGUUUGGGUUUGGUUUCAUCUGGGGUUUGGCGAAGGCAUCCAGUUCCUCUCCACUCGCGGGGGCUGCCCGGGCCGGUGAACCGACAGGGCGCUAGGACCCGGGGCGCGCUCGGACCCGGGGCGAGAACGCGAGGCCGGGAUCGCGGUGAAAGGCUCGCGGCGGAGAGCUCGGCCGUCGCCAGGCAACCGCCCUGACGCAACGCAGGGGGAAAAAAAAAAGUCCUUUCCGAAAGGAGCAGCGCCGAGAAUUCACCGGAGCUCGGGGAGGCGAGGCGGGAGCGCUGAGCUGAGGCCGGGCAGCGCGGACCCGCGCAGGAGGAGGCGGCGGGGACACCGGCGAGUCCCCAGCAGGGCCCCUGGGCUCCCGGAAGGGUCUCCAGCCACCUGCCCUUCCCGAGAAGAGAGAGCUCUGGGCCUUCUUCCUGCCAGUCUGGUCUUCGAGUGCGUUCAGGACAGAUAGACCUUGGCACAGGCUGCCCCGAGAUUCCUGCGACGCUGUCUGUUCCUGCCUUCUGUGGAGCAUGGCACCCACAGGCUUCCAGGACGGAUCAUAGACCCGAGCCUCCAGGAGGGUGCCCUGUGCGGCUCACUGCGUGGUCACUUUCAGCUCCCCUGCCACCCAGCCUCCGAGGCCGGCUCCUGUCCCGGAAAUGCCCUCGGGCACCUGGAUGAGGCCAUCCCAGAGCGGGACCCAACUGUGCCACCCACCAAGCCUCCCCCUGUGCCCCCGCAUGUCCGGCUGCCAGGGCAGACUGUAGAAUGUCUGUGCCCCAGAUCCACGUGGAAGAAGUGGGUGCAGAAGAGGGGGCGGGAGCAGCCGCACCACCCGAUGACCACCUCCGGAGCCUGAAGGCCCUCACCGAGAAACUGAGGCUGGAGACCCGCAGGCCCUCCUACCUGGAAUGGCAGGCCAGGCUGGAGGAGCAGACCUGGCCCUUCCCAAGGCCGGCUGCGGAGCCACAGGCGAGCUUGGAGGAGGGGGAGCGUGGGGGGCAGGAGCCCUUGCUCCCCCUGAGAGAGCCUGGGCAGCACCCCCCUUCUGCCAGGAGUGCCAGCCAAGGUGCCAGACCCCUGUCCACUGGCAAGCUGGAAGGCUUUCAGAGCAUCGAUGAAGCUAUAGCCUGGCUCAGGAAGGAACUGACGGAGAUGCGGCUGCAGGACCAGCAACUGGCCAGACAGCUCAUGCGCCUGCGCGGCGACAUCAACAAGCUGAAAAUCGAACACACCUGCCGCCUCCACAGGAGGAUGCUCAACGACGCCACCUACGAGCUGGAGGAGCGGGACGAGCUGGCCGACCUCUUCUGUGACUCCCCUCUUGCCUCCUCCUUCAGCCUAUCCACACCACUCAAGCUUAUUGGCGUGACCAAGAUGAACAUCAACUCUCGGAGGUUCUCUCUCUGCUGAGGAGCCCUCAGACUGGGCGGAGGGGCUGGAGCGGAGGGCUUGGGCUGGAGGGGUGUUAGAGGAAGCUGAGGCCAAGUUACUCCAGUGGGUCUCCCAGAGGCAGGGGUCCCUGGGACUGGCGACUCAAGGGCCCCAGGACCUAUUCAGUGGUGCUCUCCCACGGGCCCUGUGUGUGGAUGCCAGUGUCUCUGUGACUGGCUCUUGCUUAAUACCCAAAGAGCUAUGCAGAAGGGCUGCUCCAACCAGAUGUUAAAUGAGACCUGGGUUUCCACCAUAAUCCAUCCCUCCACGGUCACGUUCCUCUUUCGUGGAAUCACUGGUGCUAUGAACUGGGAUUCCCAAAGGGAGGCCCCCCAACGAAGCUGUCAUUCUUGCAGAAGGCUGUCCCACAAGGGCCUUGGGGGAAAUUAGGUAUGUCAGAUGUGCCUGUCUCACGUGCUGUUGCUGUCCUCUAAAUAUUGUCUCAAAUUCACCCUAAGUACAUGACUCAGCAACAUUGACAGGGAGCUACUAGGAAGGGAAAAUUGAAAGGCAUGACAAAUGGGCACUUGGGGACGCAGCCCCAGUGGCUGGCAGCCAGUGUCUCUGGUGAGCCUGACACUACAAGGCUGUGUAAAUUGUAAAUUCUGGCAUGUGCUGGGACAUGUGAUGGGGGCACUAGCGUAGCUUGGGUGCAACAAGCACAGAUGUCCCCAUUGUCUCCCCUGGCCACAUGCAUCUCCAAAGAGCCUCUUCACUGCCACCCACACCCCAGGGCAACAGCCUGGGAGACCACUGGUGACUGAACCAGGCAGGUCCUGAAAGCAUUUUCCAUAACUGAAUUCUCCUGGAGGGGAGUGACCGGGGCCUUCUGGUGGAUUCUGGUGGUGUUACCUUACUGCCCUCUCCAGAAAGACAAUCGAGGGAGCCCAGAGGCCCAACCUGAGCCUCCUCUGAGAUUUUGUGCCUGACCUAAACAACUAGUUUUAAUAAGACUGUUACUGAUGUGUUGUUCACUUGUUAGUAACUGAUUUUUGUCCAAAUGGGGAAGCCACUUGUGUAGGUCAACUACAGUGCGUAGGAUUUGAUUUUAAGAGUUUCUCCCUCACCACAGGCUUGAGGAUCAGCAAGUUGAGACCCCAGCAGGUUAGGGAGGUCAACCUGCGGUCAUACGGCAUGGCAGGGGUCCCUCGGCCAGACCGGUAGAAUCCUAAGAUAAGGAGUGUUUCUGACCUUUGGUGUCAUCUAGUCGAGUCCUCUCAUUAGCAAAGGAGCAAAGUGAAACCUGAGGGAGGAGAAGGACUUCCCUCAGGUUGCACAGCUGUUUAGGCUAUAGAAUAUUGAUGUGUGAAACCAUUAUUGAUAAUGCCUAGUAGAUCACAUGUCGAUGAACUUGAACCCCAAAGAUGGUCGUGAUGCUUUGCCAAACCCGCACACUGCCAACCCCUCUACUCUCCACCUCAGCCCCCACCCCCAUCUCCCAGAGUAUUGCAAUUCAGAACAUUUGGGUCAGUGUGGAGCAAGGCACUGACAGUGGCCCCACAGGGCAUGUGUCACUAAUCAUUGUCCCAUGGUCUACGCACGGCAUCUGGCUGCUCUGUCUACUGUGACUUCUUCCUGUGUAAUCUCAGUGGGGCCCGUGUCCACCCACACAUCGUGACCCACAUAGGGGAGAGGUUGCUUUUCUUUUGUGGGCUGAGAGUAGGACAAUGCAAAUGAAUGAUCUCUAGUAGACAGAAAAGAACUUGGUCUCUUUUUUAAAAUUUCAAAGAGCCAGAAGUUCUAUGCCUCCUUCAAAGUAGGUAGAACAACACAGCCAAGAUCUACUGUCUGCCAUGCUCUGUGCAAUGAAGUCUGCAGGCCUGAGGACCAUGUACUGCUGUGCUUCCUCAGAGCUCUGCACAAACACUGCCAAGUCCUGAAGACGCAUUCCUUUCCUGCCAAACUCCUUCCAGAUGAGCCCUUGAGGUCUUGGGCUGACCUACACACACACACACCCCCCCACACACACACACACACGACAGAGAACAUGCCAUAAACAUCCUUCAACCCAUGCAGGAAAGCCCAUCCCAUAUUCUGAAAAAAUGCCAAAUUAGGAUUUUCUUUCUUUUUGGAAAUCAGUCAUUACAGUAACCGAAACCAUUGGGUUCAGCAAAAAUGGAUUUAGUUGAAUGUAGUCAGUCCAAUUAAGUUGGAUGCAACUGAGUGAUUUAGUUGCUUGGGUAACCCAGUGCUUGCUUGCUUUCUUCAUUCUCUGGGAGGAAACUAAGAUCAAGACACAUGUUUGGGGGUAGGUUAAAUGUCUGAGCUAUUUUGCUCAGUUUAUCCUAAGAGAACUUUAUUAUGGGAUGAGGAGGUGACCCAAGAUGAGAAGUGGAGGGGGACAGCGAUGUUUUCUAAACAUCGUCCAAUGUUGACUGGCUUCCUUACUUUCCACAGUGAACACAACUAACCACAUUAAUUCAGCUUUGUGAAGUCCCUGCUCUCUGUGGGUCUCUGAGUCAGCAGCAACAUUGGCCUAACCUCCGUCCCAGCCUCCUGGCUCACCACACGUGUACAGUGCUGUUUGCAGUUGUACUCAUUAUCCAUCCAUCUCUCUGCCAUCCCCAAGCAUCGCUGGGUGUAAAACGCAAACUCUCCACCAACACUGCCGUGCGUGGUCAUGUCUUGAUGCCUUCAGGGGCUCCGUAGCUAUCACAGAGGCCUGGAGGGCCUGGGCAGGCUUGACAAUGCCUGACCGAGUUCAAGACCCACACCCUGUAGCAAUACCAAGUGCUAUUACAUAAUCAAUGGACGAUUUAUACUUUUAUUUUUUAUGAUUAUUUGUUUCUAUAUUGCUGUUAGAAAAAGUGAAAUAAGAAUACUUCAAAAGAAGAUAUCCAUAUAAAAAUAAAAGGAGAGAAAAA